AUGGAGCUGCACCCUGUCGGCGACGCGCCCGACCUGGACGGCGCAUGCAUUGUGCUGCCGGCGGUUGCAUUUUUCAACGUCGGCGAGCUCGCGGUGGACGCCCUCGCCUCCACGCUGCGCGCUGCGCUCGCCGCGCGGCUCGCGGACGCCAACCUGCUGGCUGUCGUUGGCAACGAUGCGUAUGACCACAUAGAGGGCCGGGGCGUGCUGGCAACGGCGCUCGAGCUGUACUCUGUUGGGGCGCCAGGCUCCAAGCUGUUUCUUCUGCAGCAGCGCGCGCCCGCGAUCCCGGGCCGCCAGGCCGCCUUUUGCUCGGACCUGGCGCGGUGGCUUGCGGCGUCGGGGGCCGGCCAGGUGCUGAUCUUGGCAGGGCUCGACGCUCAGUUCCGUCGAGAGAGCCAACUGGAAGGCCCACAGGCCAGGUUUCUGCCAGCUUCCGACUACGCCGCCGCCGCCGCCGCCGCGUCGGCGCCGCGGCCAGCCGACGGCGCGGACCGGCCGCAAGACGGGGAGGCCGAGGCGGCGCGGCGGCGCCUGGAGGGGCUUGCGCUCUCAGAGGCGGAGGCGGCAGCGGCGGCGGCGGCGGCUGACCUGGGUGUGCCGAAGCUCGAGGCUGACGCGCUGUCGCGAGAGCUCGAGCUGCACUCGCUGCUGCCGCCCUGGCCGCUGCUCGGCGCGCUCGCCGCGGCGCGCGUGCCGGCGCUGCUGCUGGGGACGUUUGCGUCAGAGGGCGACAACGUGGCGGACGCGCUCGCCCUUGCGUCUGCUGCGCUGCGGCUGCUGGUGGCGCGCGGCGCGGUCGCGCAAGAGGCAGCAGGGGCUGCAGCUGGCGCAGUGCCGCUGAGGACGCCGGCAUCGUGGGCGGGGCUGUAUGGGCGGCCGUAUAAUGAGGUCGCUUGA